AGAAGAUUACCGCUAGGUUACCUAGCAGGCUAGCAGUUGCUAAAUUUGAUCCCGUUUAGUUAGUCGAGAACAUUUAAAAUGAUCCUGCAGUCAUUCAGACCGUGGUUGCUUCGUUGCAGGAGUCUGCCGUUGGCUUGCACAAGAGCGUACCACGCAGAUCAAGUCGCUCGACUCGGCUCACAGCCUGAUAAACAGACUUCUGAAUAUCAGGAGAAUUAUGACCGAAUGAAAGUUCUUGUUGAUGAGCUGAAAAGCCGGACAGAAAAGAUUAAAUUGGGAGGAGGAGAAAAAGCAAGAAGACUUCAUACUUCCCGUGGGAAACUGUUGCCUCGAGAGCGCAUAGACAGACUGCUGGAUCCAGGGUCUCCAUUUUUGGAAUUUUCCCAAUUUGGAGGAUAUGAGUUGUAUGGAAAAGAGGAAGUCCCAGCAGGCGGUAUAAUUACUGGAAUUGGGCGGGUUUCAGGGGUGGAAUGUAUUAUUGUUGCAAAUGAUGCUACUGUCAAAGGGGGAACAUACUACCCAAUUACAGUGAAGAAACACCUUCGUGCACAAGAAAUAGCCCAGCAGAACCAUCUGCCAUGCAUUUACUUGGUGGAUUCUGGCGGUGCUAACCUACCCAGGCAGGCUGAAGUCUUUCCAGACAGAGAUCAUUUCGGGCGCAUUUUCUACAACCAGGCUAGGUUGUCUUCAGAGGGAAUAGCACAGAUUGCUGUCGUGAUGGGCUCCUGCACUGCUGGAGGAGCGUAUGUGCCAGCAAUGGCAGACGAGAGCAUCAUCGUACGGAAGCAAGGAACCAUUUUUCUUGGAGGACCUCCACUGGUCAAAGCUGCCACUGGGGAAGAAGUUUCUGCAGAAGAUCUUGGUGGUGCUGAUCUACACUGCAAAAAAUCUGGAGUGACGGACCACUAUGCUUUAGAUGAUAACCACGCUCUUCAUUUAGCGAGAAAGACAGUGCGAAGCCUUAACUACAGAAAAAAUAUCGAGGUUACUAUAGAACCUCCUGAGAGUCCUCUCUAUCCUGCAGAUGAACUCUACGGCAUAGUCGGAGAUAACUUGAAACGUAACUUUGAUGUCAGAGAGGUCAUUGCCAGAAUUGUAGAUGGCAGUAGAUUUGACGAAUUCAAGGCAUUCUAUGGAGACACGCUUGUUACAGGAUUUUCAAGGAUAUUUGGUUAUCCCGUUGGAAUCAUUGGGAACAAUGGAGUCUUGUUCUCAGAGUCUGCAAAAAAGGGGACGCAUUUCAUUGAAUUAUGCUGCCAACGAAACAUUCCACUUGUUUUCCUCCAAAACAUAACAGGCUUCAUGGUGGGUAGGGAGUAUGAAGCAGGAGGAAUUGCCAAGGAUGGAGCCAAGAUGGUUACUGCGGUUGCCUGUGCCAGUGUACCCAAGAUUACUGUUAUCAUUGGCGGCUCCUAUGGUGCAGGAAACUAUGGCAUGUGUGGCAGAGCCUACAGCCCACGUUUCCUGUACAUGUGGCCAAAUUCCCGAAUCUCUGUAAUGGGUGGUGAGCAAGCUGCCACUGUCUUGGCUACCAUCACUAAGGAUCAGAGGGCACGUGAGGGAAAGGAGUUCACAGCAGAGCAAGAGGCUGCCAUGAAGGAGCCAAUCGUGCGGCGGUUUGAGGAGGAAGGCAGUCCGUAUUACUCCAGUGCUAGGCUGUGGGAUGACGGGAUUAUUGAUCCUGCUGAAACUCGUAUGGUUUUGGGUCUGAGCCUCAGUGCAGCACUCAAUGCACCAACAACGAAGACACGUUUUGGAGUUUUCCGGAUGUAAUGCUCAUUUAGUUUGUACAUAUAGAGACACGAGACUUAGUAUAGAUUUACUGUUUGUAUAGUAUUUCUCGUAGUUUACCAGAUUGAGUAAAAACUCUCACAGAGUUGGGAUCGCUUGACUUUGGAUACCUUGAGAUGUGAGUGGAUGAUGGAACUGUUGUGAGACACUUCCCCUGUUAAGUUGUGCCUUAACUGUUUUCAUUCCAGUGGAAAUGCACGUUUUCUUAAAUCUGUUUCAUUUGUUGGCUCAAGUACUGUAAAUGAAAACAAUAAAAAAAAAUGU